UUCACUGACUCUCAGCCACAGUCUCCUCCACCUAAAAAGCGAGCACCGAAACAGUAGAAAAAUAGAAACACGUGCAAAAUUAAGGCCACUGAAAAUAUAUAUAUAAAUUGAAACAAAAUUUCAGGGUCUUUCUUAUUCGCCUUGUGCUUGCUCGCGGCUCAAUUCUUUCUUCCCACGCUACAGAAUACCCCUAAUUCGCUCGUGCUUUUAUCUUUAAUCAGCUCCACCAUCAGGUGAUGCGAAAUUUAUCUGGGUUCUGUAAUUUCAGUGUUUUCCCCCUAAAUUUGAGGUUCUUUUCGUUGUUUCUGCGUGUUUAAGCUUGUGGGUUGCAAUUUGUUUCAGGCAUCAGUACACUGCUGAAGGAGAGGUUGAAGGUUGGAAUGCGUGAGCAUUUGUUAGAACUUUUGGUUCCAUAAAAAUGGAGGAUGAGAAAGGUCUUGAUCUGAGUCUGGGUUUACCUUGUGGUGGAAAUAGUUCCUCACAGAAAGGUAAAUAUGGCAGCACAUCUGAUGUUAGAUCGGAUGAAGAUGAUAGAGGUAGCAAAUUGAUCAACGAGUUCAAAAACUUUCUAGAAGGUGGAACCCAACAGCAUCCCUUGAAAGUAGAAGAUAACUUUUAUAACAACUUUCCUAAAGCUGCUGUGGAUUUGGAAACUUCUAAGAACUCAAACACUGGAGGAAUAUGGUUGACAAAUGAUAGCAGGUCCACUGAAGUUGAAGAAGAAAGGAGAUCUGGUGUUGGUGAAAAGCGCAAGAACUUGUUUGUUGAGACUAACCAGCAAAAGAAGCAUGAGAGAGAAACCAAUCAUCCCGAUUUGACUGAUAAGGCCAAGGUAUCCCACAUUUCCAUAACCACAGAUGAGGGAUCAACUGCAGAAAAUGAGGACGUAGCAGAUUCCGAAGUGGAUGGUUCAACUUCAAGGCACAUUUCUCAGCAUGAUGAUGUUUCAAAACGAUUUGUAUCAAGUGGUAGCCUAUCCAGGUCUCAAAAGGAGUCUCAUGCAUUUGGCGAUUCAAGUGGUGCAGAAAUUUUAGGACAGAAGAGAUUUACCAUUUCAUCAGAAAAGGAUCUUAAUGUGAUGAGUAUGCCGAUGCACUAUGGUGUUUCAUUCCCAGCUCAAGCAGUGAAUAUGAACAUGUCUUACUCACAACCUGUUAAGGAUUCUAACCCUAGUGGUACACCUUGUCUUCCUAGCUAUCCACUACCCGGCAUGAUGCAUUCAAUUAAUGCCCAAAAUGGUGAUAGACCAGGUAUCCAGCCAGUGAUGCCGGCUAAUAUCCCAUUAAUGUUUGGUUACACUGCUGUCCAGCUUCCACAGCUAGACAGGGAUAAUCCUCAGGGCAUUGUUUCUCAUCAUCAGCAAAUUCACCCAUACUCUGGAAGGAAUUCAGUAAACCCAGACACUCACAAUGACAGCCGGAAGCUGAAUCAAGUGAUUCCACAUAAGUCACCUGAAUCUACACAAUAUGAUGGGAGGGCUGCAGAACAUGGAAAAAGUUGCGGAAAGCAGCAAGUUGCUGAAGAAGGCUCCUCUUCUCACACAGAGGGUGAUUUGAAAGGAAGCAAUGCAAUUCAUCAGGGAAAAGAUGCAUCUGAUCAGCCUAGAGCCGAAUCAACUCCUUCUGAAUUUCCAGCUAUAAGACCUGGUAUUGCGGCCGACCUCAAAUUUGGAGGUUGUGGUUCCUAUCCGAAUCUACCAUGGGUUUCUACAACAGGCCCAGGUCCCAAUGGCAGGACGAUAUCUGGUGUAACGUACAGGUAUAGCCCAACUCAGAUAAGGAUCGUUUGUGCUUGCCAUGGUUCUCACAUGUCUCCUGAGGAAUUUGUACGUCAUGCUGGUGAAGAAAACAGCACUCCAGAUGCUGCUGGUGCUGGUUUAGCUUCAAUCCCAAGUAGCAAUCCUGCAGCCUCAGCUCAAAGCUGAUCUUGGGAAUCAAGAAGUUCAGGUUUUACAAUUUUGCUUUGGUCAAUAAACUUUGGCAUCUCAUGCAAUUGAGAAGCCUUCAUAUAUGUAUGCUUUGCAUCUAUUGUAUAUUUAUGUCAUGCAUUCUUAAUUAUGUUGUUGUAACUUUUCAAGAAGUGUCUUAAUAAUUUAUCAGCGUGUUCUUUUGUCCAUCA